AUGCCUGCUCAAAAACCCUCGUACGUCCUCGUCACUGGCGCCACGGGGUUCAUCGGCGCCCAUGUUGUUGAUAAUCUACUGGCUCGCGGAUUCUCAGUCCGAGGCUCGACAAGAUCAAAGCAAAAGGGAGAUCAGAUGAAGGCUGCACGUCCGCAGUACGCUUCAAAGCUUGAUUUCGUCGUCGUGGAAGACUUUACCCAGAUUGGAGUUUUCGAUUCUGUAAUGGAUGGCAUUGACGCAGUGAUCCAUGUAGCGAGCCCAUUCUUCUACGACACUACCAACAACGAACAGGAAUUGAUUUUGCCCGCUAUCAACGGAGUCAAGUCGAUACUUUCUGCCUCCGCUAGGCCAGGAUCAAAGGUUCAGCGCCUUGUGAUGACAUCCUCCUUCGCCUCAGUAGUCAACCCGAGCAGCACUCCAGCACCAGGAUUCACGUAUACCGCCGCGAACUGGAACCCGUUGACAUACGAGGAGGCAAUCGAUCCGAAAUCAGACUCUGUCACCGCAUACCGCGGCUCUAAGAAGUUCGCCGAGCUCGCAGCAUGGGAGUUUGUCAAGGAAGAGAAAACCAAAUUCGACCUGGUAACUCUCUGCCCUCCUAUGGUUUUCGGUCCGGUCGUGCACCCCGUGCCGACGGUGCAGCAGCUCAACGAGUCAAAUAUGAUGCUCUGGGGUGUGGCCGCGGGCGUAGAUCCACUUCCUGUGACACGUGUCCCUGGUUGGAUUGAUGCUCGCGACCUCGCUGAGGUGCAUGUUCAGGCGUUGCUUACGCCCGAAGCUGGUGGCAAGAGAUUUGUGGCCGCUUCUCCGGAGCCGUUUUCGUACGAAUAUGCUGCGGAUAUCAUUCGCGAUGAAUUUAGCUGGGCUAAAGAGACUGUAACUACGAAUUAUAAGAUGGGUGAGAAGCCGAGUGCCUCUUAUGGGAUUGAUGGGGAGACUGUAGCUCGGGAGUUGGGGGUGAAAUAUCGGCCCUUCAAGGAGACUGUGAUCGACCUGGUCCGACAGAUUCGGGGACUCACAAUAUAA